AUGAAGGCCCGGAGGAAGAGGACGCUUGUGCUGCUGGAGAUCCACAAGACCUUGCCACUCCCCAAGCUGCUGAAGCGCACGAAGCGCAGGAUCCUCUGGCUGCAGGCGCUGGCCCGUCAGUGCUGGUUGUGCUACCUCGUGCUGGAGGCUGCAGAGGUGUCUGCCAGCAGCGUGGAAGCGGGGAGGGAGGUAGAGAUGGAGGAGAAGAUGGAGGUGGACGUGGAGUGGGAGAUGGCAAUGGAGACGGACCCACCGGCAGCAGGACAGGCACGUGCUCCCCAUCCACUGCCCGCGGUCAGGGUGGGUCGCCUGCCGCCGGGCUGGGGCUGGGUCGGAGUUGUGGUUUCCACUUGCUCUGGGUUCCCGGGGCUGGAGGCGGCUGGGGGUGCUGGCACGGCUGCCCUGCGGGCAGCGGGGCACCUGGCUGGGCUGCUGGCAUCGGGCACCGCCUGCACCAACAUCUACCAAGGCUUCUCGGACUGCAUCCUCAAGCUGGGGGAAAACAUGGCCACGUAUGAGGAGGCAGACGGCAUUGAGCUGCAGGGCUUGCACCGAGUUUGUGGGUACUGGGAUGAAUUUCACACGUGUGCCCUGACUGCACUCUGGGAGUGCCAGAAGGAAGCAGCAGCUGUCUGGGAGAUGCUGAGAAGGGAGUCUCGAAAAAUCAAAUUUCAAGGCAGCUUGUUUGACCUCUGCAGCCCCAGCACAGCCCAAAGCUUUGCCUGGACCCAUGUUCCCAACGUUUCCAUCCUUGGCAUCCCCCUCAUCGUCACUUGGCUGAACUUAUAA